GCUCCCCCGUGAUUUUCUGCUGCUGGUGGCCGGAUAGCGGUGAAAGUCACAAAGGACUUCAUCCAAACACACACAAAAACACCCGUGUGUUGUGCUACUGUUGUCACAAACGCUGCAAAUGAGUGACUCAAAUGACGAUAGCUUUUCAGAUGACGAGGAGGAAGAACUAGAUCCUAGAAUACAGGAUGAGUUGGAGAAGUUAAAUGCAGCUACAAAUUCCAUCAACCACUUGGAAGCAGAAUUAGACGAAGCACGCGCUGUAUUUCGGCAGACCCUUGCUGGAGCAACAUAUCAGCUAAAUGCUGUUGCUGCAAAAUUGGGAAAAUGUGUGGAAAAAUCUCGUCCUUUCUAUGAAUCCUACAGACAACUUAAACAAGCACAUUAUAUGCUACAAAAGUCAACCAACCAGUUCGAACGAGCAUCAGGGAUGCAUGUAGCUGCUAGGAGGAGAGUCAUUGAAGCCGAAUCCAGGGUUUUUGGUGAUGGAGAGAAAAGAGCUUUUGAUACAGCUUUACAAGAGAUGCUUAAUCAGGCAACUAUAGAGGUAAAUGAAGCAGAGAAACUGAAACAUGAAAGUUGGAAGAAACACCAAGAAGACUUGCAUGCCUAUAGAGAUCUUGAAUCCAAAGUAAAACAGCUUUCGAAAAAGCUGUCAUCUGCUGUAGGGAAAGCUAGACCUUAUUUCGAACUGAAAAGUGAUUUUGACAAGCAUUUAUGGCAACUAAAACUGAGAGUAGAUUCCAUUCUCAAGGGGUUAGCUGGAGCUAAAGAGAACUACUCAGCAUGCCUCAAAUCUCUAGAAAUUAUAAGUGAUGACAUUCACGAGAAGAGAAAGAGUAAGCGUAUGGAUGCCAUGCUAGCCAAAUUGCACGAGAGGGAGGCAGGAGUCGGUGCUGACUCUUCAAAUGAGGACGAGCCGUCUCUCUCUGCCAGUACUCUUGAUCUAGACUUUGACACAUCCAUCAAGUUUGAUGACAUUGCUGAUCUGGCAAAAGGGAGGUCAGGGCGAAAGGAGAGUACAAGUAGUUGGGACGAUAUUCAACCCACUGUUGUCAUAAUUGACUCAGAGUUUGAACCCGGCAAGAUCAUGUCGCCCCUCUCUCGGACUGUAACCGGAUGUGAAGAUGGUAAUGACUCACUUGGUACCAGCUUACCAUCUUCAAGCAGACAGGAUGUCUAUGGUCACGAGUCGGAGCCUGAGAGCACAGCGCAAGAUACGCAAAGCAGAAGUAAGACAGGCCACCCCCAAGAACCUUGUUUAGGAGAUACCAAUUCAAGUUCAACAAAAACUGACGAACAGAGAACUAAUUUAAUAUGUAAGAUGCUAAAUGCUAUGGAAGAAAAGAAUCAAUCACGUGCUGUCGACCAGACACCCAAGUCACGUGAUAUAAACAGUAUUGAUGGGUCUAAUGUCAUUAAUGAGACACCUCAUUAUAUUGAUAGAACCAUUCAGUCGCGUCAUUGUGACGAAGCGACCGAAUCACGCUCUGUUGGCGAUGUUGCUAGGGAGGAUAAUUGUGGAGAUACAAGUAGUAUCGACGGCACAGAUGAAUCGCGUAAUAUCGGCAGCACAAAUGAGUCACGUAAUAUCGACGGCACAAAUGAGUCACGUAAUAUCGACGGCACAGAUAAGUCACAUAAUAUCAACGGCGACGAUGCGUCACGUAGUAUCAACGGCAAAAAUGAGUCACGUAAUAUCGCCAACACGGAUGAGUCACGUAAUAUCGACGGCACAGAUGAGUCACGUAAUAUCGAAGGCACAAAUGAGUCACGUAAUAUCGACGGCCUAAAUGAGUCACGUAAUAUCGACGGCACAAAUGAGUCCCAUAUUAUCGCCAGCACAGAUGAGUCACGUAAUAUCGACGGCCAAAAUGAGUCACGUAAUAUCGCCAACACAGAUGAGUCACGUAAUAUCGCCAGCACAGAUGAGUCACGUAAUAGCGACGGUACAAAUGAGUCACGUAAUAUCGACGGCACAUAUGAGUCACGUAAUAUCGACGGCACAAAUGAGUCGCGUAAUAUCAGCAGCACAGAUGAGUCACAAAAUAUCGAUGGUACAGAUGAGUCACGUAAUAUUGACAACACAGAUGAGUCACGUAAUAUUGACAACACAAAUGAGUCACGUAAUAUUGACAACACAGAUGAGUCACGUAAUAUCAACGGCACAGAUGUGUCGAGUAACAUUGAUGACACAGAUGAGUCACGUAAUAUAAACAGCACAUGAGUCGUGUAAUAACCUCCAUGCUUUGUAUGAGCCACGUAAUGUAGUUGCUCACUUGAGAUGGACGAAGCGGUUAAAUCACGUGAUGUGGCCGAGGCGACUGAAAGAUUUUAUAACUUUACGGUCACGUGAUGUCGACUAAAUGAAUGGGGACUUUUAAGGUCACGUGAUAUCGGCUAAAUUGAUGAGACAUGAUAUCGAGUCUACUGAGUCACGUGCUGUCGUCGAUCAUCCAAAAACACGUGAUAAAACGAGUUAUUGCUUGGGUCCCUAAUCUAAUUUGCAAUGUACUGGUAAAAAAUCGCCAAAAGUAGAAUGGCAGAUAUCAAUUUGAGUAAUAGAAUUAUCAAAUAUCAUCAAUCAAAUUAGAGUCAGAGAUAGGAAAAUUUAAAAAAAGUUUAAUUAUUCCAGUCAUUUAAAAAUCUAUGGUUGCAGACCGAAUGGAGCAACUCAGAGGAGAUUUAUACAAUCCCUAUAUUGUAAUUAUUUGGUAAUUAGCAUUGUACGCAAAAAAUGUGAUUUCAAUUUGAAUAUCAUUUUAUAUGAAUUUGUCAUGUGAUUCAAAUUUUAAUAAUUUUUUUUAUCAUUUGCAAACUUGUUCUUGUCUUGUUCUUGUAAAGAAUGUAACUGCUUUUUCCUAAAACUUCAAAACCAUCAACAAUUCAAAUCAGAUAUUUGAGUUACAAUGUUCCAUUGAAAGUAUAUCAGUCACCCGCUUUAAUUUACCGAUAGAAAUAGAAACAAUGUGUGAUUCUAUAUUGAGCAGGAGUGUAAAAUGGCAGCGGUGGUUGGCCUUUCAAAUGGAACUAAGGUAUGGUGGUGUCAUCCCUCCCCAUCUUACCAUGCAAACGCUUACUAACUGCGUGUAACUAAGAAGAACUUUUGUCAAUGCUUUUGUGAUGAUCUCCUACAAGCCACAAGAACUACCAAUAUCAAUAAAUUUGUUUUGAAAA